AUGAGUUCUCCUUCCAGUCAAGAAACUGGCAAUGGAGAACACAAUGCCGAGAAGGUGUUUGAUGUUGAGCAGCAAAGAGAGGGUGCCUUGGUAGCUGAGCUUCCAAAAUCCCUUGGCGCAGGUUCCGCUCUCGCUCUUGGGGCGUUCGGCACAACCCUCACAACUCUGUCCCUGAGUCUUAUGGAAUGGAGAGGAGUAACCACGGCAAAUGUCUUCGUUGGAAACUUCUUCUUCAUUGCAGCAUUCGGUCUGGUUGUGACGGCCCAAUGGGAGCUGUCUGUUGGUAAUGGUUUUGCGUACACUGUUUUUAGUGCUUUCGGUCUUUUCUAUGCUGGUUAUGGUGCGAUCUUGACACCGGCAUUCGGCAUUGCGCAGGCAUAUGGCGGCGAUACCACUGUCGAGUAUAACAAUGCGGUUGGGUUCUUCAUGAUACUGUGGACUGUUUUCGUGUUCACAUUCUUGGUGGCGUCCCUCCCGAGCAACAUUGCUUAUAUUUUGGUGUUUCUGUUCGUGGAUCUUGGAUUUCUCACGGUCGCAGCGAGCUACUUUGCUAUGGCCGAUGGCCAUGCCGCUUCAGCCGAAGCUCUGAAAAAGUCGGGCGGAGUGUUUUGUUUCUUGGCUGGGUUAGUGGGUUGGUAUAUUGUCUUCCAUUUGCUGUUGAAGGACUCUCUUCUAGAGAUUCCACUGGGUGAUACUUCUCGGCUCUUUGGAAAGAAGAAGAAGGCAAACUAA